AUGUUGCCAAAAGAUAUUAACGGUUUGAGAAGGCCUCGAGUAGCACAAAACUCUUCUAUUCAGAGUAUUCAAAGGUCGAAAAACUAUAGUACUCAAACGGCCAAUUUGGGUUUUGUGGAGGGCAGCAGUACUUCGAUAGCAACCGAUGGAAAAAUAUCGAAAAACGAUCAGAAUAACUAUAAGAAAGCAAUCGAUUUCGUGAAUAAAUGGAAUAACGCAAUGAGCGAUUUCUUGAAGAAAAAAUCGAGCAACAAGAAUCAGGACUCGAAGGUUAAGGAAUGUUUCGAUUUCGACGAAAAUUUGAGUAUUGCCACGGUACCGAAUUAUAUGGCGUUUUUUGUGGCGAUACAAGAACUAAACACUGAUGAAAUAAUCAUAAAUUCGAUCAUUGCAGGUCGAAAUUCAGAUAGUAAGAGGACGGUUAAGAAAAAUUCUUAUACUCAGACCAAAAUUUCACAGGAGAAAGUAGUAGUGGAUGUCAAAAGUCAAACUCAGUACGUUAGGUUUGCCGAGGAGACCACAGAAAACGUUGAAAACAUACCCAAGCAAAUCCAGAAAUCUCAAUAUGGAACGUACCCGCAUAAGAAUCCUCAAAAAUCCCUUGCGACUGAUAACUAUAACCACUGUCCCCCCUUGAAACAUAAUACAAGAUUCAGCGAAUCAAACAUUCGACAGACUAGCCCAAAUCCCCUCCGAAACGAUACGAUAGGUCGCAAUACCAGAGACCCAACCUCAAAUUGCGUCAACCCCACGCAAAAUUCGCCACUCAGACAAAAACAGAGUUUCGUGACUUUCAGCGGGUCGUCCUCAGGUACCGUAAGACACAGACGCACCCCUACGGGACUCCUGUCGCCAAAUGGGAUGAUUGCAUCGGAGAUCAACGCUAACGGCACUCCCAUCGUCGUAAGGGACAUGUUCGAGAAGGUGCAGAAUCCCGUAGGGGUGUUCGUGAGUCAGGGCAACAUCCUGAAGAACAUUUCCAGGAGCGACAGCUCUAGCAGCAGCGUCAUCCUCAGCGACAAGGAGAGUGGCGAGGUGAAAUUCGAGAUGGGGGAGAGAGACGACCACUUGGAGCGAACAUCCUCCCCUUAUCGCGACGAGGGUCGAUACGGGGGAGAAAGUUUCGUUCGUCACGGGGAAUCUUCAGGAUGCGAUGUGGUUGCGCAGCCUAUAAAAAACCACCCUCUGAAUCUGAACGAGAGGGAUCUGAACAGCAAGGAUAAAAAUUUCAUCAGUUCAAUAGGUAUUUUUACGGAGGCUGGAGAAUUGAAGCAGAAUGCCAAGAGUUACCUCGAGAUGAAGGAAGACGUGAGGAAGGGCACUUUUAGAGCACCGAGACUCUCUCAACUUCACAUGACCGAUCAUUAUAACGCUAAAUCAUGCACUUCCGAGAGUUUAUUGUCCGAUAUUGUGUCCACAAGAAGUUCCGAGUUUGAAGAGUAAAGAUAUUUCCACUUG